CGCCUGAUCACCCGCAACUCGUACGAGCGCGAGAUGUUCGACAAGGCCAGCCUGAAACUGGGGCUGGACAAAGCCGUGCUGCAGUCCAUGAGCGGCCGCGAGGGCAGCAUCGCCGGGAUCCAGCAGUUCUCCAAGAAGGAGAUCGAGGACCUGCUGCGCAAGGGCGCCUACGCCGCCAUCAUGGACGAGGACGACGAGGGCGCCAAGUUCUGCGAGGAGGACAUCGAGCAGAUCCUGCUGCGGAGGAGCACCACCAUCACCAUCGAGAGCGAGGGCAAGGGCUCCACCUUCUCCAAGGUGAGUCUGGAGAGCGUCCAGGUGUGUCCAGGUGUGCCCAGGUGUGCCCAGGUGUGCCCAGGUGGGGCUCCAGGUGACCCCCGGCACCACCAUCACCAUCGAGAGCGAGGGCAAGGGCUCCACCUUCUCCAAGGUGAGUCUGGAGAGCGUCCAGGUGUGCCCAG